ACCUCUUGUCAGUUCCAUUGAGUGAUCCUCAAGAAUUCGAACUUUUUACAAGUUUAUUCGAAAUCAUGGCGUAUCAACUGUAUCGAAACACAACUUUGGGAAACACGUUGCAAGAAACACUAGAUGAACUCAUCCAGUUUGGCCAAAUUACUCCUCAACUAGCACUCAAAGUUUUGGUGCACUUUGAUCGCACCAUGAACAAUUCUUUGGCUCUGAAAGUAAAGAACAGGCUUACAUUCAAGGCAGGAAAACUAAAUACUUAUAGGUUUUGUGACAAUGUGUGGACAUUCCUUCUAAGUGAUGUUGAAUUCCGAGAUGUCUCCGAACUUUGCAAAGGAGAAACUGUCAAAAUUGUAGCAUGUGAUGGAAAAGCUGUUCCUCCAACUAAAGAUGAUUAAAGUUGGUUCAACAUCAUAUCAUUACAAGUUUAUGUAUUUGGUGGCCCAGGCACAGAGAAUAAAGAUAAGAUUUUUUUAGUUAA